AUGAUAGUUGCGAUUCAAACUCAUCAGGUUCUGACAACUCCUGGCGUUGUUCUGCGUACCUUAUUCUCGGCCCUAUCGGAUGUGGCAAAACUUCUUUGGUUUCAUGCGAAUACUGGUUCUCGAAAAUCCUCAAACAUGCGCUUGUCUUCAUUUUUCCAACCCCGAAAGACGGCCACGAAAAAGCGUCCCUUAAAGGAAACUUCAAAAAACACUGCUUCCGAUCUCCAGGGUCUCAAACUCAACAACAAGUCGCUGGUGCUUUUUGACGAGGUGGACGUUCUGUUCGACUCGGACCGUGGCUUUUGGAGCGCAGUUGGACGACUCCUUCAACUGGGCCGCCGGCCAAUCCUGCUGACUGCCACCGACCCGGCAGUAGUUCAUCGAAUCCCUGUGGCCUUUCAAAUUUGCAAUUUGAUGCCUCUCCAGUCACCGGUCCUUCUGAAACCCCUUUUACGUCGCAUUUGCGAAUCACAAGGCGCCGUUUUAACCAAUUCGUUAAUGCAAGUUGUCACUGCUAAGGUAUUUGAGGAACAGUACUGUGAUAUACCCAGUCGGACUGUUUCAACCGCAAAGUGGCUAGUGGACAAUGGACAAUUUUUCAAUGUUCGACAGUCGAUUGUGCAAUUACAGUGGCUUCUGGCGUCUGGUGGCCUGGGCAUCGAUCAGGUAUCGAUUAUUUCCGUUCACCUUCACUAUUAUUCCCUACUUGUCUUACUUUCGUGUUUUAAGGGUUCUCUGUGGCCUCAGUGUUUCAUGGCUUUUGUUCACUUAGACCAUUCUUUAGCCACUAAGACCGACCAUAGCGACCUCAUUGGAAGGCUAUCCGCCGCAUUCCAUCGUCUCUUUAGUCUUUCCUUUGUGCACAAAACCAGCUCCCAGACUUCUUCCGAAAACCCUCCACCGGCACCACUUUCCGACGACUUUGUAAAAAUAUUUGAGUCUGAUAACGAGGAACAGCAACCUGCCGCGGAUUCUGACACCAAACGACAAAUUUUUUUUUUUCACCUUUAUUGUCAGAAGAUCACGGCGAACCAGUGCCGCGAGGUGUCGACAAGUGUGUUGACGGAACUCUCUCGCGCCACGGACUUGCAAGCUCUGUUGGACGUGUGUUCCACAGUCUGCGGUAGACGGGAACUCCUCGAAGCCACCAAGUCACUUGAUUAUGCCCAGUCCUCGUCUAACCGCGUGAACGUGUUCACCACUCUCGGUGACUUAGGCUCCGCCCCUCUGACAGGAAUUGAUCCAAUCGGCGCAGUUGGGACAUUUGCGGGUGAGGAGGAUUGGCGCAGUCUUCUUAAUGCCAAUGCUUCAAGAACAUUUUCGCGACUCGAGUCUCACUUGUUGGCUACUCCCGCCUUACCAGAAGGCUCCGAGUUAGCCGAUGGAGUGUGCGGUGGCUACGUCAAUGAGCCUUCUACUGUAGAAGAGGUUUUGGCGUAA